AUUUUACUUGUUUAUUUAAAUGUUGUAGAUUCACACAUGCUGAACAUAAACACUAGUAAUCUGUAAUGUGUUUCUUUUUGUUUUCGCUUAAUUUUGGCAGGAAUGUAAGACUUUGCCGGAUAGCCCAAUCAAAUCAGAUAAGGCUCCAAACUCUGUUUGACGAAGAAGACAUGGAGACAAAAGUCAACGUGGUGAUAAUUUCGGUGGUUGCGCUCAUAUUGCUUGGUCUUGGUCUUGGGCAUGCAUCUGAAAAGCAGGAAAGUCAAGAUUGUCCUCCAUUCUCACUAGAUAUGGCUCCAGACUCUGUUGAUGACAUGUACGACAGAUGUGAAGAGAAGAUGAAGGAAAAAAUAGAGACAGACUUUUUACAAAAUGAGAAAAACAAAGAUAAGAACUUCACAGAGGCCUGGAAUAAAGCUGAGGAAUACUACAAGAGAGAAUGGGAGAAUAACCCGCCACUGAUGAAAGAACAAAUCAUGGCUGCUCAUGCGUACACCCUUGAUGAACCACCUUUAUACAGUGAAUUCAACAACGCAGUCCGAACACAAAAGUCUGUGUACAAAACCAAAUUCCUGUAUCACACUCUGCACUUCUACCUCACCAUGGCCCUGCGCACCAUCAAACUUAAUGCAGGAAAUUGUGUCACUGUUUUCCGGAGAACAAACUGCAAAUUCAGCAAAGAUGUUCUCAACAAAGAGAUUCGUCUUGGCGCUUUUUCCUCCAGUUCGAUGGGUGACUAUCCUGAUGAAGAGUUUGGUACCCAGUCAUGCUUUGAGAUCUUCACAUGUUUUGGAGCAAACAUCUCAAAGUUCUCUGAGUUUCCAGAAGAAAGUGAAGUCCUGAUCCCUCCGUACGAAGUUUUUAGAGUAACAGAUAUAAAGGAACGCUCAAAGCACAGUGAACUUCCUUGUGAGGUUGUCUACAAACUUCAGAGCACAAACAAUCCUCUGUCCAAAUUAAACUGUGAUCUGAUCGAGAAAAAACGUCCUCAUGGUUUUAACUGAACAGUCUAGAAAUAAAAGUAACAGCAAAUCUGGACAUGAUUUGAGAUUUUUUUAAAGAAAAUUGGCUACUCAGUUUUGUUUAACAAUUAGAUAUGAUAACAAAUAUACAACAGUGAGUGUGUACACCUACAAGCACUACUGUGUAAAAAAAUUUAUGAAAAAAUUGUCUAAAUUGUAAAGCUGAAAUUAAAUGACAGGCAACAUUGAAAUGUUAAUUCACAUAAGUGCACAUUAAUUUGAACUACAACCAUUAACUUUCUCCUCUCUUUGCUUCUCAAACUGAGCUUGGUGAUGACUGUACACAGAAUCAGACAUGGCUUUUUAAAUAUAUAAUACUUAAAUGAUGAUGAUCUACAAAUAUUUAGUCUUCACACGCAGUUGGGAGGUUGGUAAAGGUUAUGUUUUCAUAUACCAACAAAAUAUAGUGCAUUUAAGUCGAUAUUUCAUAAUGUUUUGGUUGCAGGCCAAAUCAAAUCAAUGUAUUUUUCCUGACAUCAAAUUCAAAUGGCAAGAAUAUUAUUAUUGUAAACCAAUCAGAUAUCUUUUUAACAAGCCGUAGUAACUGUUAAAAAUAUUUUAUAGUUUAUGUGAGUAAGGAAACUAAACAAUUCAGAAGACACAGGCAAAUAAAAAAAAAAAUCCAUCGCUUUUACUAUGUUUUGUCACUUUGAAACUCAUUAAUUUACAGAGAGUGUGUUUAAAGUGAGUCAUUCCUUCUUACUGUCGCCACAUGCUUGAUCAAGAUGUUCAUUUGCUGCAAAGUCAAAAACUCAUAAUAAUUAGCUGGACUGCUUUAGAUUGUAAUAUUUUUAUGUGACUACAAUGAAACGAUCAUCUGCAUUUAAAUAUAUUAAAAUUUGAAUUGUGAACUGCAUAUGCAUAUGAAGCUGGAUUUGAAUCUGUAUGAUUGGACUGUUUUAGAUGGAUAAGAUUUUGAUUUGAACCAGAAUAUAUUCUGUGUGAUUGGACAUGAAUUUGACCCUUUUGUCUUAUGUGAGACGAUAUCUGUUGUGAAUUAUUGCUAUUUAAAAUAACUUUUAAGUGUCUUUAAAAUAGUUAAAUGUUUGAUGGUUGUGAUCAUUUAUUUUGUUCAUCUGCUAUAUUUCCUGAUUGAUUUUUUCUGUUUUAAUAAACAUUAUAUUGGAACACCUGA